GCGGUUUCGGCACGUUCCACUCGCUGCUCAACUCCUGGAUCCACUUCAUGAUGUACAUGUACUACGGACUCUCCGCCAUGGGCCCGGCCUUCCAGAAGUAUCUGUGGUGGAAGAAGUACAUGACCACCAUGCAGAUUACCCAGUUCGCCAGUGUUAUUAUCCACGCAUCCCAGCUGUUGUUCAUGGAGUGCGACUACCCCAUAUUCUUCGUCUACAUGAUCGGUUUUUACUCCUUCAUCUUCUUCGUCAUGUUCGGCAACUUCUACGUCCAGUCCUACCUCAAGCCAAAGGCAGCCCCCAGCAAGCAGUUGCACUCUGCCAACGGAUCUGUCGCUGACCAUAACAAGGCGAAAACAUGCUGA